CCAGAGAGUUUUUUGAUGGCGACAGAACUGCUGACGUGGCACAAUAUGAUGAUGGAAGCUGAGUAAAUUGACCUGCAGCCUGUUAACAAAGAGGAAGCAGCAGAUCAUUGUGAGAAUGGAUGAAUCCUUUGAUCCACUUAAGUGUAACGAGGACCUGCCCUCCUCACCUGGGUGCCACAUGGAUUAUGAUGACAUGCCAGAGCUGCAAGAGGUGGAGGAGGACCAGAGGUCUCCAGGAUUGUUUCAGGUUGGAGCAGGAGUGUCUCACCAAGAGCUCAGCUGCUCCCCCAGCACCAACUGGCUUGCUGAGCUGGCUAAUAUUGCCACCAGUCCUCAGAGCCCACUGCUGAAGGACGCCCCACAUAAGAGAUCUUCUCCUGUCCACAUCUUUGGCAACAGUAAUAGUUUACAUUCCUACGCCCGGCCCCCAUUAGCCAGUAGCGCACCCAACCCCUCCAGAGUUCACCUCAGGGAGCGUAGGCGUGUCAGGGCCAGCAGUGAAUCAGAGUCUGGUGUUUUCUCGAUGUCCUCAUCUUUUUCUGAUGAUGAAGACAUGGCCUGGUCUCACACCUGGCCUUCCACUGCCUGGCAUUGUUUCCUUAAAGGAACUCGCCUGCGUUUUCAUCGGGGUCCUAAUGUGGAGUGGCAAGAAGCGGAUGAACUUGGGGAUUCUGAUGACGACUCAGAUGAUGAGACUAUGAUGCCAUCCUCCUCCUCUCUCAAGAGAUUUGGUGCAGAGGGGCUUAAAUUGAUGAGUCACGAAGAGACAGUAUCUUAUGGCCAGGCAGUUCUUAAACUGACCUUUGACCCAGGCUCACCUGAUGACGGCUUUUUGACAGCUGAAUGCCGAUUGGAUCACCCAUUUUUUGUCAGAAAUAAAGGGUGGGCCUCCUUUUAUCCAAGUCUUACUGUGGUGCACCAUGGGAUCCCUUGCUAUGAGAUGCAACUGGGCGACGUGUGCCUGCCACCAAACCACCCAGAUGCCAUUAACUGUGAUGACUCUGUCGUCUUUGAUACUUUCAGAAGUUAUGACUUCACCCCACUAGAUUCCUCAGCAGUGUAUGUUCUCAGCAGCAUGGCUCGUCAGCGCAGAACUUCCCUGUCCAGCAGUGGUGCUGUCAGUCCAGACUGUGAUAAACUUGAGCGCUCCAGCUCCCCACAAUCCUCCAGUAGCAAAUCAAACAGGGGCCACGCCUCAGGGACAGCCAGUAGUGCCACACCUACAAAAUGCAAGCGGCCAAUGAAUGCCUUCAUGCUCUUUGCCAAGAAGUACAGAGUGGAGUACACACAGAUGUAUCCUGGGAAGGACAACAGAGCCAUUAGUGUCAUCCUGGGUGACAAGUGGAAGAAGAUGAAGAGUGAGGAGAGGAGGAUGUACACCAUGGAGGCCAAGGCUCUGGCUGAGGAGCAGAAAAGGCUCAAUCCAGACUGCUGGAAACGCAAAAGAACCAACUCAGGCUCCCAGCAGACCUAGAUAAUCUUCCAGAACCCACAGCUGCAGGUGUUUGGCAUGGAGAGGUGCUGGACAGAGUCUGAUAGACCGCUUGAUGCCUCUUUGCUCUCCUGUAUUCUUGAGACUCAACUGUGAUGCUGAAUUCACUUGCUUUUUUUUUUUUAUAACCGUGAAAUAUUAUAGAGACAAACCAGUAAGAAGAAAACAAGAAUUAUGAACUAUAAACAAAGCAUGUAAUCUAGUCACUAACAGUGCAUAUAUUUUCUUAUAUCUUUAAUGUCAAAGAUGUCUUAUUCCCCUGAGAUAAGAAUGAAUUUUCUCAUUUAUUUCAGGUUAUUUCAUACUCAAGGUUGAAAAAAACAAUAAGAGCCUGUGGUGCUAUGAUUCAGUGUAGAAGAAGCAGUAAACAAGUGUCUAUUUAUAAUUGUAAAAAAACAACAACUUUCUCACAACUGUUGAUACUGAUUAUAUUUGUAGGAUUCGAUAUAUUGCACAGAUUGGUUACCCUUUAUACAUUUUGUAAUACAGUAUAUAUUCUGCCACUGAACUCUGGCCAACAGUUUGUGAUACUGCCCUGCCAAGUCUUUAGAUUGUUCUUUCCCAACCACCUGGCCAUAUGAUGAGACGGCCUCAGCAUGUGGUGGUUUACACUCAGUCAUGAAGGACCUCAGGCCUUCACUGAAAGUGUUUAUUUCUAUUGCACUUUAUAUAAAUAUGUAAUCUAAUCCUAUACAGCCAUUGUAUACUAGUGGAAACCAUUUGUAUAAUACAGCUAUUAUCUUGACAGUUAGCCGUUUGACACAAUCAUGGCCUAAUUAGCCAUGUUCAGCUUUCAGGUUGCCAUUGAAUUUCAAGUGCUUUGUUCAUAAUGUACAGGUUUCACAACCCCAUCAACCUCACAAAAUAUCCUUGUAUCAUAUUAUAAAUAAUUUUUUUUAAACUUGCAUCUUAUUCAAGUGUUUGGCUCUUUUUCAUAAACUGUAAUUUUGUAAUCACGGCCUGCUGGGAUGCUUGGCUUUGUUUUUUGAAUACAUGUUAACCAGUUG